ACGCUAUUCUCGAGCCACAGACAUGGAAUAUUCUGAAUAUAUCUCGCGGACAGCGCCUGCAUGCAUGCACAACUAAAAAGUAGAGUGCAACAAAAGCUUGGCGAGCGAGACGCGGGCCCAUUCUUUUGUUGUCACUGUUUCCGGCAUCUGGCCAUGCGCGUCCGUCGAUCCUCGAACGGGGAAAUAUGUGGACGUCAAGAGCUGUCUGCUACCAUACGAGUCCCCCCGCUUCUGCUUCCUCUUUUUCGGUCUAGUGUUUCUUUUUUUUUUCUUUUGCAGACAUUACUUUGGUGAACUUCAAAAAAAAAAAACAGCUGUUAAAACAACACUGUAUAAGAGGACGCAGCCAGAGAUGAAUCCGAAGCAGCUGCAACCCAGAACACCUGUCACUGGAGAAACCAACAUAUGAAGACCGAGCUAAAAAAGAAAAAAGAAAGUUGGCGUAUGCUGUGUGUGAAGCUUGCGUUGGGCUUCGCUAGGCAAGGACGAAGAAAAGAAUCUCGUAAAUAUGAAAUGUUUGUCCGGCCUCUGCAGAGACCCUGUCAGUGCCUUUGAAACAUGGAAGGGGGAGCACAAGACGAUCAUUGUUGAUUCUUGGGAUGAUAUUUCUAUCUUCACUACUGUGCCUUUUUCUAGUAUACUGGAAUUUCCCGACACUUGAACCGUCUGAAAAGCAGCACAUGAAGCUGCCACGAGAUAUAGAGGAUGCCAAAGGCUUGGGACAAGUGCUCAACAGAUACACAGAUCGUUAUUUCUUCACUGUCACAUCUGGCUUCUUUUUCACCUACAUCUUCUUGCAGUCCUUUGCGAUCCCAGGCUCAAUCUUCCUGAGCAUCCUCUCUGGUUUCCUCUUUCCGUUCCCAUUGGCGCUGUUCCUGGUUUGCCUCUGCUCAGCGUUAGGAGCGUCCUUCUGCUACUUCUUCUCGUACCUGGUCGGGAGGCGCCUGGUGUUCAAGUACUUUCCUGCCAAGGCCUUGAAGUGGUCCGAGCAGGUGGCGCGGCAUCAGGACAAUCUGCUCAACUACAUGAUCUUCCUGCGCGUCACGCCGUUCCUGCCUAACUGGUUCAUCAACGUCACAGCACCUGUCAUAGAUGUGCCCAUAGCCCCUUUCUUUCUGGGUACAUUUGUAGGUGUGGCGCCGCCAUCAUUUGUAGCCAUCCAGGCCGGCACCACGUUGCAUAAGCUGAGCUCGUCCCGAGACGCAAUCUCCUGGUGGUCGGUGUCCAUGCUGGCCAUCUUUGCCUUGCUCUCCCUGCUGCCGGUGAUCUUCAAGGGCAAGCUCAAGCAGAAAGUGCUCUAGUGCUCCUCUUCUGGCCAGGAUGCACGUUCCUUGCGUGUCUCCGCUGUUGACUUGCUGACACCCGCCCAAUUUUUCUCACAUUUUUCCUCGUUUGUGUACCCCAUCCCUUGCUCCCACCGUACCGUCAACCCUUGUUUCCCUACUGUAAAACACUCUCUAAAGAUUUUUUUUCUUUGCAAAAGAAAUUUGCCGGGCCUCCAUCUUCUUGUCCGGAGACUUGCCUGGAAAGGUAGCUUUUCUCCGGUUUCUUGGUUUCGUCCUGCUGUUUCUCUCUUGCGAGGUACUACUUUCAUCACACUUGGCUCCCCGCCGCUGUCUGUUCAAAAAUUGUUGUGUAUGUCGUGGACUAAAUGAGACAAUUUAAAAGAUGACUGGAGGCAUUUUUAUUUUGACGUCGCCUUUAUUGUUUAUGUGCCUCAGCAGUUGUAUGACCUAAAUCUGUUUUUUUUUUCUUUUCUUUUUUGUGCGUGUGUGACUUGGAACUAGUAACACGAAACACUUGCAUGUAAGAAAACACAUUGUAAUUGCAACCAGUGCCUGCUACUGAAAUCGUAGUAACUGCACAUUUUGAUGUUUCGGCUUUGCACAUCUGACAGGUUGUGUUGUUGUCUAAACGAGCCCCUGUUGUUUUUUCUUCCUCUUGUUUGAGGUACUUUUGUGUUUCCAAGAGCCCAACACAAGCCUGGUUGGUUGACUUCAUGUUUGGUACAUCAUCUCACUGGCUAGCUUGUUUCUCUUGGUCCCUUGUCGAUGAUGGGAGCUGCAUAAGCUGCUGGUAUUGUGUGAUAGGUUGACGUCAUCUGUCCCCUCUUCUUUUUCUUUUUUCAGCAGGGCAGCCGCAUUCUCUUUUUAUUUUGUGUUUGGCAUAAAGUUCUCACGUUUAUCAACGUUACAGUAUUCCUUUGUCAUUUUCUGUCACGUUUCGUUCAUUUUUCUUUUGUUUGUCCAUGACCAGGGCAGCGCAUUUGCUUUUUCCCUUGUGAGCAGACCUUCUUGCUAGACCUUCUUCAAUAGCUCGCUUCUACAAUUCAGUUUCGAAGGUGGUGAAGUUAUUCGGAUUGUGUCCUGUAACUUCCAGUGACGUCAACGUACAUCUAGAAAGGCUCAGAUACGUGCUUGCUCGUUUUGAUCAACGUUGCGCUCGUAGCAUGUUGCAAACAAGUGAAAUGUACUACUUGGAAGUGCAAGCCCAUCUUGUCAGUGCAGUUUUGAGUUGUGACACAGUCUGUAUAUAAAUAUGAACCACACUGGGGCAUGCCACUUCAGUUCUACAGAGUUGUGCGAACAAGAUUGCCUGGUUUUUGUUCUUUUUCGGUGGUCCUGAAGGCUCCAUCUACGACUGAAAUCGUAACCUGCGACUCAUUGCGGUAAAGCAUGCGUUGUGGUGGCCCAUGUAAGCAGUUUUCUGUUGAGCUGCCAUUCCGCAAUUACAUGAGAAAGGGAAAAAUGAAAUGCUGCAGUGAAGGCAUCUCAAAACUUAGCUCCGUUAUUCACCAGGAUAACAGUACAUAACCCAUAAAAAGAGCAUGUACUCUUUCAAGCAAACCUGUACAGAGUGCAGCAGGAUAAAAUGAAUUGUGCAUGUAAAUAUUGUGAAAGGCAAAGCAUGUUGUAAAUGCAGGUGUUCAGGUUGAGGAAUAAUAGCAAGCUUACCCCUGUUGUGGCUAGUUGCGGUACUGAUGGCAUGCGAGACGUGCCAGUGGCUGGACAUACAUUUGGCGACAUAGGAGCGCAGUUGAUGGUAAUUAGUGCAUGCGGACUAGGUUAAUGUGGAAGCCAAGAUUAAGGGGCACCCAUAAUAAGGGGCAACAGUAAGUUGCAAUGUCAAAAGUCUGAAAGCACUACUCUGUAUUAUUGCAGGGUCAUCAAACCAAAGUUCAGCAAAAUGUAUCUACAUGGGCAGCCAAAAGAAAACGCAUGCGAUGAGUGAAUUCACUUCAAGAUUCAGCAGAGUAACUAGAAUUUCUUGCUGAGUGGACGAUAAAUAUGAUCGCUUUUGCGCAAACAAGGAAGGACGGGAGGGAGCAAGGGGAGUGUCAACUUUCGACUCUUUAUUCUCUAUUGGAUAACAUGCAAUAUACACAUGCAGGCGAAUGCACGACAUACAAAAACAGCUUCAAUAGCACAACACCCUAAUCACAGCCAGCUAUCAAAAAAAACCUUCUUUCUGCAUGCAAAAGUAAAACUGGUGUGUCGCCAAUACAAGACGAGGCUCGCUCUUUAAUAUGAAACGCCUCUAACAAUUCAUGUGCCGUGGUGUCCUUGCUUCUUCCAAGAAUCCGCCUCUUGUCCAGUCGUGGCUCACACGGAUGUGAAUUGCAGCGCUUAGGCAAAUGUGCUCCGUCUUUACCUUUCAGUGACAGCUCAUCAAUUCACAUCCAUGUGAAUUGAUGAGCUGAAUUGAUGAGCUUUGCAGCCCUGGCUGCAUUUGCGGCCAUAUUUCUGAAAGUUUUUAUUUUCUCUUUCUUUCGGCUUUCAAAGUUGUUGACAAAAGUGAGCUUAAUAUGACAGGUUGACUACCUCCAAUGGAAUAGGCUCACACAUUCAAGCCUUCGCAAGUAUUACAGUAAUGCUAACGCACCUACCACAAUACGCUAAAAGCUGCAUGUGACUUGCUUGACACCCAUUUCAAAUAAAGCUGGCCGCUGCAAUGAAAUGUGCACUACUUAGGUGUUGCCAUAUGCUCAGGCAUGUUUCAUGUGCUCAUUAUCUCGGUAGGACGAGUGUAAUGUAUGCCAUUAGGUGCAUGGCAGCCAGUAGUGGUAAAGGAGUGACUUGGGGUAGUUUCAAACGUCUUCAAAAAAAAGCCUUGAUCUGCACAGCUUCGAACAGGGUAGGGCACGCCUGGCCUUAGUGCUAGGUCGUUUGGGAUGGAUGCCUGAAUGCCCUGACACUUGCAGGUUGUGUAACCUUCGUUGUAUGUGAUGUGCACGUUGUGUUUCGUCUGCAUCCAUGGCUACUGUUUCUGUGGUUGCAUGAUCGUGAGAGACUAAACAAGCAUGUCUGUAGCUUAGCCCUCGGAGCUCGUAGAAAGCAAUUUCGUGUUGUUCCAUUGGCUGGCUGUCGGUGUGAGAUCGUGCCUGUGAUUGAUGUGGUCUGCGGAAAGUGUCUUCCCUAUAGGAAGUAAUAAGGGAAAAAUACAGUGCAAUCUUUUUUUCUUUCUAUUUCGCAAGAACAGCUACUAUAUUUUGUACUGCAGUAUGCCCUAUUGCAAUGUACUGAAGUUGUUGCAUUUUGGUGUGCCUGCUUUUCUUGUCUCCACCAAAAAGAAAGAGUUAAAAAGAAUUUAUUCUGUGUUGGGAGUUUCAGUUGCUUUCAGUUGAAAAGUUCCAAGAGUCUCUGCAAUGUUUCAUGAAAGGUUGUAUGUUGCGUACAGGCUUCAUUUUGGUACAGCAAUAACAACCUGACCUUGCUGAUGCUACGUUUGUAUGCUCUCACUGUGCUUGACAUUAUGUGCCAUGAAUGUGGCAAUUAAGAAACCCCCCGCAAGCAUUUUGUCAUCACUAGGACCAACAACAUGCGGGCCAUUUCUGUUUCACUGACAUCUUGGUGAACAUAUUUGCAGUGAAAUUGCCGACUCGGGUUUUGUUGUUAUAACUUCAGCUUUUAUUCUUGCAAUUUUUUGAGGCUUUACACAAGCAUGCCCAUCUUUAUAGGCACAGUUCAGCACUGUGUUGAGCUGGGUGAAGAAACAAACAGUGCCACUGAUGGCAGGAAAUUUGUCCAUGGCGCAUGAAACAGGCGAAAUUGCUCAUGACACACACUGGGCUCACUAUGCGAUCAGUCUCCCAUGCUGGGGUUUUACAAAAGCAUUAAUUUCUUAAGCGACACUUCGAGCUUUCAACAGUGAAAAUGCUGUUAGCCACACAACUGAUUGUGUGCUUGCAAGAUCAAGAUGCACAAAAGACGGUGGAAAAUAAAAGCACAGUGCCCUCUAUGAUGCAGAGAGAUAUCACAUUUGUGGUGCGCUAUCUUGGUGCCCCUUGGAGUCAGCAAGAUGUGAAGUCUGAUCAGUCUAAUCUCAAAGUAAGCAGCACAAAUGCAUAGGCCAGAAUUCAGAGACGCAACUGAGCUUUGGCAAUUUUUCUUUCUGCCUUCUGGCAGCAACAGCUUAACGUGCGAAAAUUAGUGUAAUAGAAAGCAAUGCAAAGAACUGACAAACAAAUUGAGCAUCAAAACGUCAAGUUGGUAGGUUAGCAUCAUCGAAAUCAAACAGCGCGAAAGGACCGAAGAACAAUAGACUUGGACAACGCAGGCGCUAGCUGUGAGUCAGCAGCUACGCUGUGCGAGUCUAUUGUCCUUUGUUCCCUUCGCACUGUUUGAUUUUGAUGAAGUAGAACAUAUAACACUUAGCAAGUACGUUUCCUGGCAUGGCCGUUUAUGUUUGCACUUUAAACGUUUUGUUUAGCAUACACCCCAAUUUUUUGUGUGGAUGGGCACCUUUAUAAUGCUUCAGGUUCAAACAGUUUUUAUCGAGAAUUUUGUCUCUCUGCAAAACAUGCCAGUCAUGGUACAUACUUCUCGAGUGUUGCCUGCUUCACGUGUUAUGUUCCACGUGAUAUGUUUGGAGUCCCUACCAUAGGUGACACUGUUUGCUAAAACGCUAGUGGUAUUGCACAACUGGACUGUGCCUGCAAAUUUUUUUUUUUCCUUUUUGAAAUGGAACUGAUGGACACACAAAGUGUAUUUUGCACAUCAUGCAAUAACAAGACAAUUGUUUUAGCACUGCCGUGAGAAAUCGGUUCUUUUAAACAAAACAUUCCUUGGGGUUAGCCACCAGCCUGUUUCGUGAAGUGUUUGUUGUCUGCAGUGUUCAGUAGUUUCAAGUGAUCAGUGUUGUCCAACUUCAAUCUUGCAUACUGGUAUUCUCUAGGAGCAGAAAACUUCAGUUGUGAAAAGGGCAGCAAAUUGUGAAGGAUGCUUCCGAUACCUUUUCGGCUUUCUUUAAACCUUCUUUCCCUCUUCUUUUCCUUUUUGUUGAAAGGUAGAGAACAGUAUUUCUUCAGCUCGUCUUUUGAAUAGACUUUUUAUUCUCGCAGCUGGAUUCUGAAAACUAGUCAUGACUAUAGCUUGUUUAUAUAUAACGAUGUUUUAGCAAGCAGUGUGUGGCGAGAAGCCCUUGUUAUUACAGUGAAAAGAAUAUAUGAGCUGUGCCGUUAGUAUGCUCCAAGUGAUAACAAAGGUAGUGUCUACUUUAUUUGCAGUGUUAAAGAAGCGUUCAUUGCAACUAACCUCUGCAGUUUUUUUCUUUUUCUUUGCUAUAGUGAAUCUGGCAGUCUUCACGAGUGCACCUAAGUAUUAGCAACCACAGCAUCAAGUUUUGGAGCCUGUCAGAAUCAAUUACUAGCUGCCAUUGUUAACCAACCAAAAUAAUCGGAAUGUUUUAAUACAUCUAAGCACUGCGUAUAGUUUUUUUCUUUUUUUGCCCCGUUUAUUACUAACGCGCCUUCUACAUUGGUACAUUUUAUUUUCUGUUGUGUGCUUUGCAAGGUACUGGCUGCAUGCAGACCAGAAGUUGUAUGUGCGCAGAUACCAAGUGAAAUAUUGUGGAUUGCAUAUUGGUGUAAUUUGAACUGCAAAAUAAAUUAUGAAAUCUCAGUUGUGUUCAA